AACACAAUUUUCCCAAUUGCAACCGAAUCCACCAUUGCCUCAGUAUCUCUCUUUCAGACUUUCAGCAUGUCUGAACCGAUUAGAAACAAAAAGGCGGAUUUUCCGAUCGCACCGACUCCUCAGAACACACCAGCAAACAAUGCACCCAUCUCGUCUCAUGCUCAACAGCCCGGCGUUUCUAGUAUCAAAGAAGAAACCUUUGACGCAGCUGGUAUUUUUGCGAAGAAUCCAGCACUUGUAUCGAUGAUCCAAGGAAAACUCGGCUCUCUUAUUGGCCGCUCUUCUGGAUAUAUCGAGUCUCUUCCUCCUCCAGUUCGGCGUCGCGUUGCUGGUUUGAAGGGAAUUCAAAAAGACCAUGCUAAGCUCGAGACACAGUUCCAGGAAGAGGUCCUGGAGCUUGAGAAGAAGUAUUUUACUAAGUUCAUGCCUUUAUACCAGAGGCGUGCUGAAAUUGUAAACGGCACCACUGAACCGACUGAAAGUGAAGUCGAUGCUGGUCACGAAGAUCACGAAGAUGAUGAAAGUGAAAAAAUUUCCGACGAGGCCAAAGAUGAGGGUAGUGAGACUGCAACGUUUGGGAUUCCCGAGUUUUGGCUCUCAGCUAUGAAAAAUCAGAUCUCUUUGGCGGAAAUGAUCACAGAGCGUGAUGAAGAGGCUUUAAAACAUCUUAAGGAUAUUCAGAUGGAAUAUCUCGACCGGCCCGGAUUCCGUCUCAUGUUUGAGUUUGCAGAAAACGAUUUCUUCACCAACAAAACCAUCACUAAAACCUACUACUACAAGGAAGAGAAUGGAUAUGGUGGUGAUUUCAUCUAUGAUCAUGCUGAAGGUGAUAAAAUUGACUGGAAGGCUGGUCAAGACCUUACCAUCCGAAUUGAAAGCAAGAAACAGAGAAAUAAAAAUACGAAGCAGACCCGUAUAGUCAAGAUCACUGUCCCGACCGAGUCUUUCUUCAACUUCUUCUCGCCUCCCCAACCACCCACGGAGGAUGAUGAAUCCAUUGCCGAAGAUAUCGAAGAACGCCUGGAGCUUGAUUAUCAGCUUGGGGAGGAUAUUAAGGAGAAGCUUAUCCCUCGUGCGAUUGACUGGUUCACCGGCGAUGCUCUUCAGUUUGAGGAGUUUGCAGAUGAUAUCGAUGCGGAUGACUUAGAUGAUGAUGAGGAAGAAGAUGACGAAGAGGAGGAAGACGAUGAUGACAGAAGAUCCGACCGGGACGUCGAUGAUGACUCUGACGAAGAAGAUGGUACCUCCAAGCCUAAGAAAGAGGCAGCAGAGUGCAAGCAAAGCUAAAGCAUUUGGGUAGAGAGGAAUAGAAAGGCGUCAUACAACAAAAGGCGUACUGUAUCCUUACAUUCUUGACCGACUUCUCGUCCUGAUGCUCCCUUUCUCCCUGAUAUUGUCUCCUGUUUCAGUUCCCAUAUG